AAAAGGAUAUCGUAAUAAUCGUCUUCAUUUCAUAUAACGAAUUAGUAUCAAUGUCCGAUCGAGCGUCAGAGUCCAACAUUUAUAGUGCAAAUAGAACUGCUAAUAAUAGAAGACCGUAUUUCUGUCAUCAAUGCCAAGUUGACAUUGAGCCUUUAUUGGCUCCCAAUCCAACCUGUCCUCGUUGCAAUGGUGAAUUCGUAGAAGAGAUUGUAGAAAAUAAUGAUCUAAGGGAAUUAAUUGAGCAAGGUGCGGGGCAUGAAACCGAUGAUGAAUACGAUGAUACUCCGUAUCCUUCGGGAAAUCCUCAAAAUGGAAUAAACGAGCUUUUACAAAUCAUUCAGAGUAUGCUCAGACCUAAUGCUCCUGUGCGAGUACAGACAGAAAAUGAAGGUCAGAACACUAGUGAUGACCGUGCAUCUCCACCCUUUGACAUUACACAAUUAGUUAGGAUGUUAGAAAAUUUUGGAGCAAACAACGCAGCAAAUUUCAUGAAUAUAUUUAAUAUCGCAGGUGAUCCAGCAGAUUAUGCAUGGAGUAAUACAGGAUGGGAUAAUAUCAUCUCACAAUUGAUGGAACAACAAGCUGG